UUUAUCCAGCACUGCUUUGAUGCUCCACAGGUGAGUCAUUUCCAGUUGCACACUUUCUCUGGUUGGGCUGCUCUUCCACUGCUCGUUCGCACACAGAUAUUGCCAGCAUGGACAGAAACACUGCCAAUUUCUAUCUCUCCAAGGACUUGGAGAUACCCUUCAAGCUAAAAGUCGUUUCGCUUCAGGGUCCCAAGCCAAUAAUCAAGAAAUCAGAAAAGAUAUUGAAUCCUGAGAUCUUUCAGACCUUGUCCAACAUAUACUCCAACUCUGACUUGUUCAUCAAAUUCCAACUAUUCAGCUCUAAUAAUCCUUUGACGAUCCCCAUAUCCACUCCCUAUAUUAAUUUCAGCUACAAAAACAACACUGAUAUCAACAACAACAACAAUAAUAACAAUAGUAAUAAUAACAAAAACAACAACAACAACAACAAUUUCGGUGUAAAUAACCAAAAUUUCAAUUCAAACUCAAAUAACACCUCCAAGAACUUAAACAACAUCAACAUAACCAAUAAUCAAAUUAAACUCAAAUCAAAUAAAAAUUUCAAAAAAAAUAUUAAAAAAAACCAAACUUCUGUAAGAAACUGGGACCAAUGGUUGAAAUUUCCAAUAAAUUUCAAUCAAUUGCCUUUAGAUACCACAAUCGUUAUAAAUAUUUUUGAAUAUUCAAACAAUGUCGAAAAAUUAUUUGCGUACACUCAAUACUCUCUUUUUAAUUUAAAUAACAACACUCUAAAAACUGGUAAACAAAGAUUAAAAGUUUAUUUACCAAAAAACAAUAAAAUUACCAAUACGAAUACAAAUACAAAUACAAAUACAAAGACAAAGACAAAGACAAAGACAAAGACAAAUACAAAUACAAAUACAAAUACAAAUACAAAUACAAAUACAAAUACAAAUACAAAUAAAAUUGUCAGUAACACAAAAGAAAAAAAUAUUAUUGACAAUAUCAAUCAACAUAUCAAUAACAACAACAAUGAAAUCAAUAACCAAAUAAACCAAUUGCAACUAAAAUUUAAAAAAUUCGAAAAAAAUGAACUAGUAAACAUAGAUUGGCUCAAUAAAUUAACUUUCACCAAAAUUCAGUCCAUAGAUAAAAAUUUAAUUGAAAGUUUAUCAAACCAAUAUUUUCUUUCAAUCGAAUUUAUAAAAUUUGACAACCCUGUUAUCUUUUCAAAUUUCAAAUAUUUAAAACAAGUUAUAAAUUUAAACUAUCUAAUAACAAAUCCCACUCCAGCUCAAAAUAACAAUAUAUACUCAAACAACAUAAACAAUCUAAACAAUACUAACAACAUCGAUAACAUCAACAAUAUCAACUUUCUUAACAACAAUAACGUCAACAACAUAUUCAUAACAAAUGACAUUAACAAUGCAAUCAACGACAAUAUAAACGAUUACGAUAAUUACAAUAUCAACAACAAUAAUAACUACUACAACAUCAAUAACCAAUAUAUAAACAAAAACUCAAACUUAACAAACCCAAAGAUCAAUAUCGACUCUUUCAACUCAAAUUCAAAUUACUCAACCUUUAAAAUAUACGACCCUGAUCAAUAUAAAGAUAACCCAAUAGAAUUAAAAUUUACAAAUUUAGCAAGGUCUCACAAGGAUGACCCAUUGGAUAAAGAACUAAAACCAACUCUAUUAAUCAGAGAUGAGUUGAAUAAAAUUAUAUCCUACUCCUCUUUAGAAAAAUUGUCUUCAAAUGAAAGAAAUUUAAUCUAUAAAUUCCGUUAUUAUUUAACUAAAAAUAAAAAAUCUCUAACGAAAUUUCUAAAAUCAAUCAAUUGGAAUAACCAAAAUGAAAUCAAUCAAGUAAUCAAAUUAAUUAACAAGUGGGAAGAAAUUCCAAUCGAAGAUGACUUGGAACUAUUAGGUCCCUUUUAUAAAAAAAACAAUUUAAUCAGGGAUUUUGCUGUUAAUAGACUAAAAAAAACUAACGAUGAAGAAUUGGAGUUAUACCUACUACAACUAGUUCAAGCUUUAAAAUUUGAUGACGAUUUAUAUUAUCACGAAAUUGCAAAUAAUAACAAUAAUUUUAAUGAUCAUGAUCGCAAUCACGAUCACGAUCACGAUCACGAUCAC